AUGUACAGCCACCCAGCACUCAGAGAGCAGGAUUCUGGUCCUUCAUCUGCCUAUCUCUCCCCAUGGCCUGAAAGAGUGGUCUUCGGAUCUCGCGGUUUGAGGGGGCAGCUCGUCCGAGCAGGCUGCUCACCCAGACUCUUGCUCCUCAGCAGUGCCUCUGGCUCGCCUUUAUCAUUCUGGACAUCCGGGCUUGCGAGGCAAAGGCGCAGACUGGGUCGCCCGCAUCCUCACGGCUCCACUCCGGGCAUCCACGCACCCGACGAGGCCCGCCCGGCCCUCGCCCUGGAGGCCUUCGGGUGCCCGGCCUCGGGCCACGCCAGCCGCCUGUGGAAGCAGCUGCGGCAGUUCUGGGCCGACCACUUCUCGCGGCGCUUCUCGCCGCGGCGCCCGCCGCUGCGCCGCAUCUCCUCCAUGUCCACCUUCUACCUGCUGGACCACCAGACGCGCCAGGAGGAGCUCGGCCUCAGCUACGGCGCGCCGCGCACGCGCCUCAGCGACGAGGCCUUCGUGUUCCGCGGCGGCCGCUGGACCGCCGAGGGCCAGCUGGUGCGGUCGCGGCCACCGCUGCCCUCGCCCACCGCCUCGGGCUGGCGGGCGCAGAUGCAGCGGAUCGAGAGCCAGGUGCUGCUGGAGGAGAACAACUACCUGAAGCUGCAGCAGGAGCUGCUCAUGGACAUGCUGACGGAGACCACGGCGCGCAUGCACCUGCUGGAGAAGAAGCUGGACCGCGAGGGGAGCCCGGCCGCGGCGGCGCGCGCCUUUCAAAGGAAGAUGCGCAGGCGCGAGGGCGCGGGCAGCGUGCUCAUGCUCCAGGCGCGGGCUCUGGAGUCGCGGUGA